AUGCGCCUAGAGGAGAUGCUUGAUGGUGUGAUGGAUGGGAUCAAAAGAAGAGCGCAAAUUAUUGAUAAUAAGGAUUAUCUUCUAAUAUUUGCUCGGAAAAGUGGCGGUCGCAAACAGCGAGUUACAUGGGUGCCAAGUGGACAGCGGAAAAUUCGCGGAACAUGGUUUGGUCUGGCCGAAAGCCUUAUCGAGCAGUACUCAGCGAAUCUGGAGAUGGAGGACGUACAUGAAAGGGAGAUGCGAGUUAUCAUCUGGAAGCAUUUUAUCUUCGCGCUUUUACAACAUCUCAUUGAAUAUUGCAGUUCAAACCCUUCACGAGCUUAA